AUGAAUACUGCUUUAUCUGCUUCCGUUGCAGUGAGAGGAUCUGAAGGGCUUUACAUGGUGAACGGGCCCCCCAGCUUCACGGAGAGUGCAACGUUUCAGAGGGAUUCUGGAAAAAACUGCAAAGCUGUUGCUUUUAGCAAGGAUGGUUCCCUCUUUGGCUGGUGCAAUGGUGAAAAAGUAAAUAUUGUUAACGUCACCAGUGCUGAAUUACUGCGUUCUUUUGAUCUUCCAAAGGCAGUUUGCCUUGAAUUCUCACCAAAGAAUAAUGUUCUGGUGACAUGGCAGGCCUAUUCAACUGCGAAAGACGGCACAGCAGGGGCGCCCAACCUGCAACUUUAUGAUUUGAAAACUGGAAAAUGUUUAAAGUCUUUCAUCCAGAAAAAGAUGCAGAACUGGUGUCCUUGCUGGGCAGAUGAUGAAAGCAUUUGUGCCAGGAAUGUAAACAACGAAGUACACUUCUUUGAAAACAACAACUUUAAUACUAUUGCAAAUAAACUACACUUGCAAAAGGUUAGCGAUUUCGUGUUGUCGCCGGGAGCACAGCCAACCAAGGUUGCUGUGUACGUGCCGGGCAGCAAGGGUGCACCCUCCUUCGUCAGGCUCUAUCAGUACCCCAACUUCGGUGGUCCUCACUCUGCACUGGCCAAUAAAAGUUUCUUUAAAGCUGACAAGGUGACAAUGCUAUGGAACAAAAAAGCCACUGCUGUGCUAGUAAUAGCUAGCACAGAAGUCGAUAAAUCAGGAGCUUCCUACUAUGGAGAGCAAACCCUGCACUACAUCGCAACGAACGGGGAGAGCGCCGUCGUGCAGCUGCCAAAAAACGGUCCUAUUUAUGAUGUUGUUUGGAAUCCCAAUUCUGUCGAGUUUUGUGCUGUGUAUGGUUUUAUGCCUGCCAAAGCAACAGUUUUUAAUCUGAAAUGUGACCCUGUGUUUGAUUUUGGAACUGGCCCUCGCAAUGCCGCCUACUACAGCCCCCCCGGACACAUUCUAGUGCUAGCAGGAUUUGGAAAUCUCAGAGGACAGAUGGAAGUAUGGGACGUUAAAAACUACAAGCUAAUUUCCAAGCCGGUCGCGUCGGAUUCCACGUAUUUUGCCUGGUGCCCCGACGGGGAGCACAUCGUCACGGCCACGUGCGCCCCGCGCCUGCGCGUGGGCAACGGCUACAAGAUGUGGCACUACACGGGCGCCGUCCUGCACAGCCGCGAGGUGCCGCCCGGCGAGGAGCUCUGGCAGGGCCCGCGCAGGCGUACAGGCCGCCGGCGCUCAGGAACAAGCCGGGGGCCGCCUCCAAGCUGUCAUGUUUAUCAACACAGAAUAAAAGUUUCAAGAAUAUUAAUUUUGCCUAUCCUACAGCAUGAGGAUGAGCCACCUCAAAAUAUGAAACCACAGUCUGGAAGCAGUGAAAAGCCCCUCUCUAAAACAGCUCUCAAAAAUCAAAGGAAACAUGAAGCGAAGAAGGCUGCUAAACAGGAGGCCAAAGCUGAUGCCAGCCAGGAAUCUACGCAGCCCUCGGCGUCGCAGAAUGCGCCACGCAACACUGGGCCUGUCGUGACAUCGGGAGAUCCUGAAGUAGACAGAAAGAUAAAGAAUUUAAAAAAGAAACUAAAGGCAAUUGAGCAAUUGAAAGAACAAGCAGCUGCGGGCAAACAGCUAGAGAAAAACCAGCUUGAGAAGAUUCAGAAAGAAACUGCUCUCCUUCAAGAAUUAGAAGAUCUAGAACUGGGUCUCUAAAGCUCUGUGUUAAUCCAGUGGGGCUUUAACACAAAAUUCAUGCAAAAUAUGUGUAUUAACUUGAACACAAUAAAAUGUUUCAGCAAAUGA